AUGGCAGCAACAGCAGCAGCAACAGCAGCAACAGCAGCAGCAACAGCAACAACACAAGAAAGCCAGAGUGACGCCGUACAAAAAAACUACAAAAUAGUACAAGACGUCGGCAACUUCACCGCGACCGAAGCCCAACGUCCAGACUUCGACCACGCCAAGCACAUUGAAACCACCAAAUCGCCCUACCCGACCUGGGACUACGGACAGGGGGUACCCGACAACGGCGCCAGUCUAUUGCAAGAGCAUCACGAAGUAGACCCCUACGCACCGGACCGGCCCUCGGUGAACAACUACCGGCUCCUCGUCUCCGCCAUCGCGCCCCGACCCGUCGGAUUUCUCAGCACCGUAAAUUCACAGGGCCAGAAGAAUCUCUCCCCCUUCAGUUACUUCCAAGUCAUUGACCAUGACCCCCCGAUGUUCAUCGUCGGGUUCUCCUCCCGUCCGGGACGAGUGAAAGACACGUACCGCAAUCUCAAGGAAACGGGCGAAUGUGUGAUCAACACGGUGUCCGAGAACAUGAUCGAAGCUGUUAAUGCGACCUCGAUCGAUGCGCCGUAUGGUGUUUCGGAGUGGGAUGUUUCGGGUCUGCACGAGGCGCCCUCGACCACUGUUAAGCCGUCGCGCGUGAAGGAGUCGGUGUUCAGUGUCGAGGGUAAGGUGAUCGAUAUUAAGGAGUUUGCGGAUCAUCAGCAGCCGGGGAUGAGUAUUGCUGCUACGGUGUUGAUUAGGGCUACGCGGUUCUGGGUGAAGGAGGGGACUGCGGAUGCGGAUUUUAGCCAUAUUGAUCUGGAUAAGUUGAGGCCUGUGGGACAGUUGGGGGGCGUUUCUUAUGGACGGGUUGUGUCGACUUUUGAACGGCCGAGGACGAAGUGGAGUAAUGAAGUGGUGAAGAGUGAGUUGUUGGCUAGGCUGGAGGAGGAAAAGGGGGAGAAUUGAUAGACUCUUGUUUGUGGAUAGAUGAUUUAGUAUAUAGUUGGCAUUGUGUCGGUAUUUUGUUUUCUGCGUUGGCCUGUCUCCUUUUUCUUUCUCUCUCUCUCUCCCUUUUUGUGGGUCUUCUCUAGAUAGAGGUUGGAUGUUGU